AUGAAACUCACUAUCAUUUCCAUUCUCCUGGCUGCUACCUCUGCUUCUGCCGCGCCGGCCAUGACGAAGCGCAGCAAUAGCCUCCAGAUCACCGACCUGGAGGCGCGCGCAGCUGGCGGAAACAGUGCAACCCUGUCAUUUGUUCUUACUGAUCCAGUCUACCCGGGUGAUACACCCACUGACUGUAAUAUGCACUGGACCUACGGCUCGAGCCCCAACCAGAGUGCCCGUUGCAACAAUGGCGAGUACUAUAUCAAGUUUCCUCAAGGCGUGGAUGAUUUCAACCGCUUUACCCUGGAGCUCAUUCGGGUCAAUGGUUCGAUUCCUGAGGAUGGGCAGGCGCUGCUGGAUUCCAACUUGAGUGGCGACGCUCCAGGAACUAAGUGGAUUUGCGUUAGCGAUCCCGAGCCGAAUGUCCAGUUGGACUGCCACUAUAAUGGGACGCUUGAGAUUGGGGUUUGA